CACCACGAUACCUUGGGGCAAAAGAGACAUUUUUCUGCCUCAGACCCAGUUUUGCAUUUUGCUGUGCCUACCCUUACCCAUCCUCACCCUCCUAAGUUCAUACUGUAUACGGUAAUUUCCUCCCAUCCCGUCCAUCCGACCCUGACGUCUACCUCUCCGUUCUUUUCCGUCCGACAUCGUAUCGUCUGGAGCUACCCUCGUGCAACAACUGCCUCACCUCGCAGCUAUCCCCUCCGCCCUCCCUUCUUGCGGGCCUAGGACUCGAAUCAACGCCGUCUUUGUCGUCGCGUACGACCCGCCUCCUUCACACUUCCAACCUUCUGCGCCGUCGUCAUCAUAUCGAGCCCCACCGGAGCGUUGCCGUCCACAAUGUUGAGAACUCUGCGAACCACAGCCCGCGCUGUCCACCUGCGCCCGCUGCAGUCUCUCCAGCACCAGGCCACAACACUGCCUCUGCCCCUGCUCAUGCGACAUGUCCGCACCUAUGCAGACAAGGUUGUCCAGGUCCCUCAGAUGGCUGAGUCCAUCUCAGAAGGCACACUAAAGCAGUGGAGCAAGCAGGUGGGCGACUUUGUCGAGCAGGAUGAGGAGAUUGCUACCAUCGAGACGGACAAGAUCGACGUCGCUGUCAACGCCCCCGAGGCCGGUACGAUCAAGGAGUUCCUCGUCAAUGAGGAGGACACCGUCACCGUGGGCCAGGACAUUGUCAGGCUAGAACUGGGUGGCGCCCCCUCUGGUGGUGCCGAGAAGUCGGAAGGCAAGGAGCCAGCCAAGGAAGAGUCUAAGGAGGAGUCCAAGCCUGAGUCCAAGUCCGAGCCCGAGUCGAAACCAGAGCCCAAGAAAGAAGAGAGCAAACCCGCGCCGCCACCCCCUGCGCCUGAGAAGAAGGGGCCGUCGCCACCACCUCAGAAACCCACCAAGGAGUCGAGUGAUGGCUCCGCGAGCAUGGGCAACCGUGAGGAGCGACGCGUCAAGAUGAACCGUAUGCGUCUCCGGAUCGCCGAGCGUCUCAAGCAGUCACAAAAUACCGCCGCCUCCCUCACCACCUUCAACGAGGUCGACAUGUCUUCGAUCAUGGAGUUCCGCAAGCUGUACAAGGAUGAGGUUCUGAAGAAGACGGGCGUCAAGCUCGGCUUCAUGAGCGCCUUUACGCGCGCCGCUGUCCUGGCCAUGAGGGAUCUCCCCGUUGUCAACGCAUCUAUCGAGGGCCCUGACGGCGGAGACACGAUCGUCUUCAGGGACUACGUUGACGUCAGCGUGGCUGUCGCUACCGAGAAAGGACUGGUUACGCCGGUCGUGCGCAAUGUGCAGACCCUGGAUAUGGUCGGCAUCGAGAAGUCUAUCGCAGACCUGGGCAAGAAGGCGCGUGACGGCAAGCUCACGCUGGAGGAUAUGGCUGGCGGUACCUUCACCAUCAGCAAUGGUGGUGUCUUCGGCUCUCUCAUGGGUACGCCCAUCAUCAAUCUGCCCCAAACCGCCGUCCUAGGUCUACAUGCCAUCAAAGACCGCGCUGUUGUUGUGAACGGCAAGGUCGAGAGCCGGCCGAUGAUGUACCUCGCUCUGACGUAUGAUCACCGUCUGCUCGAUGGCAAGGAGGCUGUCCAAUUCCUGGUGAAGAUCAAGGAGUACAUUGAAGAUCCCAGGCGCAUGUUGCUCUGAGUCUAAGUAUAUGAUAUGCUUGGCCCUUGGGGACGAGGCAUUCUUUGCUUCGUGGUCAUGGUGUUUUUACAUAAGAUGGUAGCAUGCGGGGUCGUGUGUGUCAAAUAGUGUAAAAUAGACGACACUGAGAAGACGGAUGUUUCUGAG